CUGGCAGGUCAAGUUUUUUUAGUGCUAGAAAUUCUACCAAAACAAUUCUUCUCUGUCAAUUUGUUACCCUAAACCACAUUUUUCUUGUAGAGAAGAAACCAUGACAAAAAGGCAAGGUUCACCUACAGCCUCAGCCACUCUGUUUACUCUACUAAUCUUUCUACUCACAACCAAAGUUCUAGCAAGAUUCAUCCCCCAUGUUUGCUCCCCUUCCUCAUGUGGAGAAAUUGAAAUCAUCAACUACCCUUUUCGCCUGAAGACCGAUCCCGCUGGCUGUGGCGAACCAGACUUCGAACUUUCUUGCGAGAACAACAAGACCAUAUUAGAACUCCACUCAGGGAAGUAUCUUGUUAAGCGAAUUUCCUAUGAUGUUCAGAGACUCCGUGUCGUUGAUGUUAACUUAGCUAAUGGUACCUGCAGCCUCCCGUACAAAUCAGUGUCGGUUGAUGAGUUUAUGGAUGAUGAUCACUAUAGAUUAGACGCUACUACUUAUACAAGUUUUAUCAAGUGUUCGAGUAAUUUGAGUGACCAAGCUUAUAGACUAGUUCCUUGUUUGAGUGGAAAUGGGACUAGUGUUUAUGUUAGUUAUGUCACCUACAUAAUUUCUAGUCUCCAAGGAUCAUGCUUGUUCGUUUCAAGAGUGCCUACGGUUUAUCAGGCUGUGCUGUUCCCCUCUUAUGAUAGUAUCUUGCAAUUGAUGCAAACAGGGUUUGAUCUUGAAUGGUCUAUUGGGUGCUGGUACUCAUCAUAUAGCUAUGAUUGUUACAGAUCAGAUUAUUAUCUUCCCACAUGGCUUGCAGCCUUCUCUGUGGUUUGGGAUUUUUUGUCAGCAGUAUAUCUUGUUGGAAGAUUCAUCCUCGCUCCGAUAGGGAUAUUUGGAUUCCUCAUUCACAAGUAUAUGACAACAAAUAAGGCGUCUGGCAACGAAGAGAUAUUUCUGGUCAAUCAGCAACACUUGAUGCCCAAGAGGUACACUUUCUCUGACAUUAUUGCAAUUACAAACAACUUCAAAGAUAAAUUAGGCCAAGGUGGAUUUGGGAAUGUAUAUAAAGGACAACUUCGUGAUGCGUUUUUAGUUGCCGUUAAAAUGCUUGGCAAUGCCAAAUGCAAUGACGAGGACUUCAUUAAUGAAGUCUCCAUAAUUGGUAGAAUUCAUCAUGUUAACAUAGUACGGCUGGUGGGAUUUUGUUCCGAGGGAUCUUACCGAGCUCUUGUAUUCGAGUAUAUGGCUAAUGGAUCUCUUGAUAAGCUUUUAUUUUCAAGAGAAACAGAACUUCUUCUAGUUAGUUGGGAGAAACUCCUUCAGAUAGCUGUAGGCACAGCUCGAGGGAUUGAGCAUCUUCAUGGGGGAUGCAGCGUAUGCAUUCUUCAUUUGGAUAUUAAGCCUCACAAUGUCCUGCUAGAUAGUAAUUUCAUCCCAAAAGUUUCAGAUUUUGGCCUUGCAAAAUUUUAUCCCAGGGAAAAGGAUUUUGUAUCCAUUAGUACUACCAGAGGAACUAUAGGGUACUUUGCUCCUGAAAUGAUUUCAAGGAACCUCGGAGCUGUUUCUUGCAAAUCAGAUGUUUAUAGUUUUGGGAAGUUAUUGUUGGAAAUGGCUGGAAGAAGAAGGAAGUCUAAUUCAAAGGGAAAUUGCUCAAGCGAUGUAAAUUUCCCAUCGUGGGUUUAUGACCAUCUCAGUGAGGGAGGAGAUUUAGAGCUUGAGAAUGUCACUGAAAUUGAGGCUGCAAUAGCAAGAAAGCUGUGUAUCGUUGGGCUGUGGUGCAUCCAAAAGGCAGCAUCAGAUCGUCCAACCAUGACCAAAGUGGUGGAAAUGCUUGGAGCAAACAUUGAUGAUCUGCAAUUGCCUUCCAAUGCUCUAUCAUUUCCCCAAUCUAUUUCCGAAGAACCUCAAUCAGAUUCCUCAACGGAAUCGCUAAUACCCGAGACAGUGGAUCGAAGCUUGUAGAAUGACGUUCGUUACCAGAAGAAAAAAAUUACAGAAGUUUUGAUGUUGAGACAGUCUUUUGGGGAAAUACCUCAACUUAUGUGUUAGACUAUUUCCUUGUAUAGCUGCAGUAAUUAUAUGUCUACAUGCCUUCUGCCCAGUACUCAGUAUGUUUACACUAAACUUUAGUCGAGUAGAGUAGAGUUCAGGGAAUUGUUAUAUGAUCGUAGAAAACAGAUGCAUAUGUUUUGGCAUAAUCCUAAAAAACCAAAACGGACUGGUUCUCAGAUUAACCAUA